UGUAUACAACUAAAUCUUAAUGAUAUGGAAGUAUCGGAUCUUGCCACAUUUAUGGGGCAUUCCGAAAAGAUUCACAAGGAUCAUUAUCGACAGCCGUUAGCAACCAGAGAUAUAUUGCAAAUUUCCCAAUACCUGGAAGCUGUUCAAGGAAAUGACCAACAUGCAGGUAGCGAAUCUUCAACGGAAAGUAAUAUAGACGACGAAUUAUAUGACGACCAAACAAAAGACAGUGAUAGAGAUGAAGAAAAGGAAAAUGCAUGUUUAGGUAUAAAUAUACAAUAUACAUUAGAUGAGACACAAGAUACAUUACAUCAUACGGUUGAACAUACAGAUUCCAAUAAAAAACGGAAACGAUCCACAUCUCCUUACGGAAAAACAAAGAGAAUCCGCUGGUCUGAGGAAGAGCAAGAAGCAGCACUUGAGGGAUUUGCCAAAUAUAUGGAAGAAAGAACAUUACCAUCGCUGAAAGAUAUACAAGAAAUAAGAAAAAGAUAUAAAUGUUUAAGUAAACGUACAUCGCCACAAAUUAAGACAUGGCUCCAUAACAAACAAAACCCAAAACCCAAAAAACGAAAAGCUGCAGAACAAAAAGCUGCAAAACAAAAA